CCGUCUCCAACUCAUCCCUGGCGUCUUCCCAAAUUUCCAUAUCAGUUGACGUCUUCACAGAGUAACCGUCCUCUGGUUUUUCCGCUUAUAACCACCACCACCCUUCACCUCCAUUUCCCAUAAUCAUUUUCAAGAUUCCAACUUGAUUCUGUUCUUCAACAGGGUUUUUUUUUUUUCGAUUCAAGUUUCAAAAUGGUCCGGUGUUGUUUAAGCUACGGAUCUAUCAUGGAGGCGUGGUACCGCUCCUAUUUCUCCAGAGUGGGUCUCAAAUCCGCCACCACAGAUCUCGGCGACGGCACCGUCAUGCACUGCUGGAUCCCCAAAACCCCCAAAGAAACUAACCCCAAUUUGGUUCUGAUCCACGGCAUGGGAGCAAACGCAAUGUGGCAGUGGAACAAGUUCGUCCGCCCACUCAUCGCCCACUUCAACAUCUACGUCCCGGACUUGGUCUUCUUUGGGGAAUCCUACACCGCCCUUUCUGAUCGCUCCGAGGCAUUUCAGGCCCGCUGCGUAAUGGGGGUUUUGGAUGCGCAUGGUGUACGGACUACAAACGCUGUGGGGAUUAGCUAUGGUGGGUUUGUGGCGUAUAGCAUGGCGGCGCAGUUUCCUGAUAGAAUGGAGAAGUUGGUGCUUUGUUGUACUGGGGUUUGCUUGGAAGAUAAAGAUAUGGAAGAUGGGAUGUUUCAGGUGAAGUCAGUGGAGGAGGCCGUGAGCGUAUUGCUUCCUCAAACGCCGGAGAAGUUGAAGGAAAUGAUACGUAUUGCGUUUUUUAAGCCUAUUAGAAUUGGGCCCUCUUGCUUGGUUAACGAUCUUAUCGAUUCACUGUGUACCGAGUACCGUGAGCAAAAGAAGGAACUGAUUCAAGCAUUACACAAGGGAAGGAAAUUCUCUAAUCUUCCCAAGAUUACUCAGCCUACACUUAUAAUGUGGGGAGAGAAUGACUUGGUAUUCCCCAUGGAAUUGGCACACAGACUAAAAAGCCACAUAGGUGAUGGUGCGGAACUGGUGGUUAUAGAGAAAGCAGGACAUGCUUUAAAUGUAGAGAAGCCCAGGGAGAUGAAGAAGCUUAUCCAGUGUUUCCUGGUUGGUGCUCCCCCUCCAUCCAUGGCAAAAAGACACCACGAAAAUGGCCUCAAAUCUGAGUGACAAAAUUUGUAUAGAAAUUGAAAAUGACAUCUUUCCCAGAGCUCCCAAUUUCCCUGCUUCAUGGUGGCGUUCAGCUGCCUCUGCUUUUAUGUUAUGAAAUUGAUGUAUAUUUCCAACUUGUAAUUAAUGUAAAGUAAUGGAAUUCUAUAAUAGUGAUAAUGUGAGGUACUGAGUCAAGAUUCUAGUGUUGUUUACGAAAAUAACAUUACUUUUCAGGCAUGGAUUGAUAUC